UGUUGGACGCUACACUGCCCUGGAUUCCAUCAAUCACCUGACAUAUCAACGAUCAGGGAGCACACAUGUACAAGCCCCGGAUUUCUGUCCUCCACGAAAAGGGAUUUGUCAAUUGACUUUACCUUACUGUAUUUUGUUUGGUUCGUGAGAAGAGAGGCUGGUUGGUAGAUGGUGAGAGGUAGAGAGACGUCAAGUGACGGAAAAAGACGCCAAGGUCGAGUUCCAUUGUAGGUAUGCGAGUACUUAUGUGUCAAAGGAUCUUGAUUUGUCUCAACCACAGCCACCCUGUUGAAUAUACUCUAGUUUCCUGUUUCGUUUCUACUUUUGCUUUGCUUCAAUUCCAUAUCUGCUACAUCUUGACCCGUCUCAAUAUUCCUCAAGAUAAGGUAGGUAGGAAAUAGCUUCCUUUUCUGUCUGGCCUAUCUCCCACCCCGCGGACAUCCUGCAACCUCAACGACGUCACUUCUUGUCCUAUUCGGCCGCGAUCAACGCCGAGCUAGGCCAGUGCCGGUCUUAAAUUUUCAUAAAAAAAAUAUCAUAUUCCCCUCCCCAACUUCUGGGUUACCCUCGUCUAUCUAUCACUCGUCCUCUUCCUCUCUUGCUUCAUCGUGGCCGUGUACAAGGGAACCGUGAGACCCUCGAGCCCUCCAGCUCCACCGUCUCUCUCCCUCUGUUCCCUUCUACCGUCUUCGUCAUGUCUCUAAACCGUGUCUCCUCGUUGGAGACCUUUGCUCCCCUCCUUACAGAGAACCGAUCCAGGCGAAGCUCGGAUGCCUCGACUCGAGCUCGCAAGAUCAGCUUCAACCCUCUCCCGUCAUCAUGGGAUCCUCCAGCUUUGGAACAGAUCCAGGCCGUAGGUGCCUUUGAGGUCCCCAGGUGGAAGAGAACGCUCCAAGUCGUAGUUGCCGUCAUAUACUGCCUCUUUGCCGCCGGCAUCGUCUUUGGCUAUGCCGCCAUCAAGCCCGUUCUAAAACGAGAGGGUGCCUACCGAGACGUCUGCCGCGUCGACCCCAACGAUGAGGACGCUAUCGGCGAGGACACAUGCGUUGAGAUCCACCUAAACUUCAUGUUCACCGCGGCCGCCGUCGCCACCAACGUUGCUGCCCUUCCCAUUGGCGCCAUCCUCGAUCGAUAUGGUCCCCGUGUCUGCGGCCUGCUGGGAGCCUUGUGCCUCGCCAUCGGGGCCCUAUGCAUGUCCUUCGAGAACCAACUACCCUUUGACGGCCUGCUCUUCGGAUACCUCUUCCUGGCCCUCGGCGGACCCUUUACCUAUAUCUCGUCCUUCCAGCUGUCCAAUGCUUUCCCCAAGAACUCUGGCCUGAUUCUCGCCCUCUUGACGGGCGCCUUUGACGCUUCCAGCGCUCUGUUUCUGAUUUACCGCAUCAUCUACGAACGCACCAACGAAACCUUUGGCCACCAGAGUUUCUUCCUCGCCUACCUGAUCGUCCCCGCCGCCAUCGCCGUCAUUCAACUCGUCCUGAUGCCGGCACAAUCCUACAAGACCGUCGGUGAACUAGUCGAGGAAAUUGAGGAGCCCAUCCCCGCAGAAAUGGAACCCUACGACGACCAGAUUGACGAGGAGACCGCCUUGCUUCACGAAGAGGAGAGACAGCACCGCGCCGAGGUGGUCUCGGGUAUCCAGGAGUUGCUCGGAACCACCAAGGCGGACAAGCAGGCCAGGAAAGAAGAGCGCAAGAACGAGAUUUCGGGCGUGUGGGGCGUCAUGCAUGCUUAUACCGCCUGGGAGCAGAUUAAGUCACCUUGGUUCAUCCUUAUUUGCUUGUUCACCGUCGUCCAAAUGACCCGCAUCAACUACUUCGUCGCCACCAUCCGCGUGCAAUACACCUACCUCCUCUCCUCCCCUGCCCUCGCCGAGCGCGUAAACGACUUUUUCGACCUCGCCCUCCCUCUCGGCGGCAUCUUGUCCAUCCCCUUCAUCGGCGCCAUCCUCGACCGCACCUCCACCCUGACCGUUUUGGUCACCCUCGUCGCAACCGCCACCACCAUCGGCAUCCUGGGAAUCAUCCCCCACUCGCUACUCGCCGCUUACGCCAACGUCUGCCUGUUUGUCCUGUACCGACCCUUUUAUUAUACUGCCGUAUCCGACUACAGCGCCAAAGUCUUUGGGUUUAGGACCUUUGGCAAAGUAUACGGGACCAUUAUUUGUCUUGCUGGGCUGUUUAAUUUCAGUCAGUCCGGUCUGGAUUACCUGUUGCAUGAGAUUUUCAAUGGGGAUCCGGUCCCCGUUAAUGUCGGGCUGAUGGCCGCGGGAUUGCUGAUUGGGGUGGUGAUGGUCAUGUUUGUGGGGGUGCAGUCGAGGGGCAUCAAGAGAAAGUUGUUGGAGGAGGAGGCGAGGGGGGCGUUUGCUUAUUAUGGGGGGAAUGGGAAUGGGACGGGUACGACGAGUACGACGAGUAGUACGAGGGAGUGGAGUGCGAACUGAACGGAAGUGGACUGGGCUGAAGUGGACUGAACUGAACUGCUCUUGUCCUAUACCUGAAGUGGAAAAAGAAAUGCAUAAGAUGGAGUCUCAAAAUGAAAGGAUGAAAGAAGUCAAGCCAAUCCGACAUUCGGCAAGAAAGACAAGAGGCAAGGAAAGAAGGAUGGCGGGCCAAAUGAAGGCACUAUGUCACUAUAUAUGGUAGUUCAUAACGAGCGAGCGAACGAACGAACGAACGAACAACAGCCGCAAAAGAAGGCGGAUACGAAGGAAAUGGAAGAGUACCUCAUGGGAAUGGUGGAUGGAAAAUGGCAACGGAAAUAUGCAUGCCCGGAUAUGGAUAUUUGUUACGGCUUGACGGAUUCUUUUUGCUUGAUAUGAUAUCAGAUACACAGCCAGCCGGGCGCUUGGGAAAGCGGAGUUUUAUGCUUUUUUUUUCUUCUUCU